GUUGCCUUCUAAUAUAGUUGUAGUUUUGGCCCUCAAGCAGGAAUAUUGUAUAUAAAGAAAUAAUUGACAAGGAGAAAGGAAGAGAUCAGUUGUUUGUUCAGCACAGGAAGAGGAAGAGGGGGAGGAUGGUGGACAAGACUUUAGUAGGAAUUGGAGUACUGGUAUUGGUGCUGCUUCUUUACCUCCUCCUCUGUAAAAUUUGGCACUUUACCAGAACGCAUCAUAAGGUUGACGAAGUCACUGAAUUCCUAAUUCCAGAGGACUUGUCUGUUGGCCAAACUCAAAGAUCUCCAACAGUAGUUAGGUGGAAUGCUGAUGUAGACAUCGAUGUUUCAAAUGACAAUCAUUUUAAUCCUUCUAUUGUUUGUAUUGAGGAGGACCACCCACCAGUCUCUCGAGCUGAGGAUGUUUCCAUUCAAUGUUUGUCCUUUUAUAUUUGCAGCAAAUUGACUCUGGAAGUUAUAUCUGGACCUUCUACGGGAGUUAAUAUUUCACACGAGUCAGAAGGGAUUUGCAACCUUUCUUUGCGAAUUGGGAGAGUACCUCAAAAUGAUUUAGUGGUGAAUGAUCCUGAGGUUUCAGGGAAGCAUGCUGUUGUAAAUUGGAACUCAAAGAAUUCAAAAUGGGAGUUGAUUGAUCUUGGUAGUUUGAAUGGGACACUUUUGAAUUCCCAACCAGUUUCAACCCAAGAUUCCAAUUCAAGACAGAGGAGUGAUCCAGUACGGCUGGCUAGUGGAGAUAUCGUAACUCUUGGUUUAACUUCAAAAGUUUUAGUAAAAAUAGUGGAUCACGAUGAUUCAAACUUUUCGAUCCAUUCUAUUCCUUUUGGAGUUGGUGUUGCUUCAAAUCCAAUGACCAUGCGCAGAGGAGGAAAACAGCUUCCUAUGGAAGAUGUAUGCCACUGUGAAUGGCCUCUUCGUGGGAUUUCACAGUUUGGAGUAUUUUGUAUAUUUGACGGACAUGGUGGGGCAGAUGCAGCUAAGGCUGCAAGCAAGAUCAUGCCACAAAAGCUUGCUGAUAUUCUAUUUAUACCAGGAAAAAAAGAACAAGUUAUAUCAAACUGCAAUGCUGCAGAUGUCUUGAGAGAUGCCUUUCAGGAGACUGAAGCAGCAUUAGACUAUCAGUAUGAGGGCUGCACAGCAACAGUUCUGUUGCUGUGGCAUGAUUUCAAUGAGGUUUUCUUUGCACAAUGUGCAAAUGUUGGAGAUUCAGCAUGCAUUUUCAACAUAGAAGAAAACCACAUUUCUAUGACUGAAGAUCACAGACUUAUUAGUCUGUCUGAAAAGACCCGUAUGUUGGAAAUUGGAAAGCAGCUACGUGAUGGGGAGACUCGCCUGUGGGGAAUGAAUAUAGCUCGUGUCCUUGGUGACAAAUUUUUUAAAGAACAAGACAUUCGUUUCUCAGCUGAACCAUAUAUAAGUGAAGUUUUGAGAAUUACACGUGAAAGUAACGCCCUAGCUUUGAUGGCCAGUGAUGGCCUUUGGGAUGUCUUGAGUACCAGAAGUGCACUGCAACUGGCUCUAGAGGUCCGUGAAGAGAAAUUCACAAGUGAAGGGCCUAAUGUCUCUUGUGCAGAAGGAAUAGCUAACAUGAUUGUGAAAGAGGCACAAAGGUUGCGGACAAAGGAUAAUACAUCUGUUAUUGUUUUGGAUUUUGGAACUAGAAAUAAAUCUUGUAAUGUUUUGGACUGCAACCAAAUUGAGACUAUUAGCAUGUAUAAUUGAUAUAUAUAAUUCUUGACGAUUACAGUACAGUUGUAAAUCUAUUUUUAAUAGAUUAAUUUUUAAAUAUCAUUUCUAGAGAA